GAGCUCGAGUACACUUUGACUGGCGAGGAAGGGCCCUACGUGGCGACGAAGGUCAACCGUUUCCGGUGCUCGUGGCAGGUGCUGCAUCUGAUGCACUCGUUCUGGCGCGUGGCCGAGACCACGAGGAGCGUGCACGCGGCGCUGAAUAUGCCUGGCGUAUUCGGGCUCACAAAGAAAAUCACAGACCUCGAGCCCGAGGACAUCCAGACCGCCAUCUUGAAGAUGCACGAGAAGGGCAAGAAGCUCCUGCGCCGCGACGGGAUCGCGUACGCGCUGCGCUUCGGCCCGCCGCUGGUGUCCCUCACCCCGAACCUGGCCGACACGACGCAGCCGCUGCUGCUGGUGGAGAUGGUCCAGAGGCUCGCGCGGGACCACGUGGGCCAGACGCUGGUGUUCGAGCUGCUGCUGCUGCUCUUCUUCGUCCACGUCCUCGGGAUCCGCUCCGACCUCGUCGGCUGGCGUCGCGGCGCCGCGCGCAAGAGCUCCAGAGCGUGCUGCUUCGACAGCUGCGCGGUGGACUUUUACGAGGAUAGCAUCGCGAGCCCCGUGUCCGCGGCGUUCGGUGCCAUCGAGGCUCAGGGGCGAGGCUCCCUGCAUCCCCGCAUCCUCGUCUGGCUCGUGCUCAUCUCCAUGCGGGAGCUGCUGGAUACGCUGGUGCGCGACCGAGCCACCUUGAAGGAGCGCGUGGCCUUGUGGAUGCGAGAGCUCGCACACGCGUUAAAGUCGGUGCAGGAAUUCGAGAUCACGGGAUAUGCGGGAUUCCUGGGAGGCAACCUGGCUGACCCGCUGCCGCCCGAGCUGGAGGUCGGGGAGCUUCCUCUAGGCCUGAGGGGGCGCGGGCAAUUCGGUGCUGACGGCGAAGUGGAGACCGUCUCGGCGGAACGCCUCAACAUGGAAGAGAGCAAGGGCGACCAAAAACUGUACUUUUGGUGCCCCGAUAAGAUUGACGAAGACCCGGAGCAGGAAGCGAGGCGCCCGAAGCUGGGUCUGCGUGACGAACAAGGCAACGAUGUAGACCUGGAGACCGGGCGGGCGGAGCAGCUGCAGAAGAGAAAGAGCCUGUGGUCCACGCCAUUGCACGAGUUUGCCUCUGGAGAAAUGCCGUCGUUCCUGCUCGGACACAGCGCGCAGAGCGUCAUGGAGCAGUUCCGCCAGGCGCUGCCGUCCGAUGACUGGAUCAAGGAGGUGUGCACACACGGACGCGACCUCGUGAUCGGCUGCGCCGUGCACAUCUGUAGCCCGUCGUGUUUCGAGUACCAGUUGAAGGGCUCUUCGAAGAUCUGCCGCCACCACUUCUACCGCGUGGUAAACCU